AUGAAGACGGUUCGCUUCGUUCAGCUCACGUCGGCUGGAGCUGACCGGUGGCUUGAGCAUGAUACAUAUAAAGACCCCAAUGUUAUCUUCUCUACGGCCAAUGGACUGCACUCAACGCAAAUCGCAGAAUGGGUCAUUGGCGUGUGGCUCAUGGUUCAGCAUCAUUUCCUUGAUUAUGCUGGUUUCAUGAAGUCUGCCCAAUGGACAAAAGCAAACAUCUUCCCGAUUGUCGACUCACCGGGACUUCGAAUGGGUAUCCUUGGCUACGGUGCCAUCGGCCGCCAGUGUGCUCGUCUUGCGCAGGCCCUCGGUAUGGAAGUCUAUGCAUACACACGCAGCGAGCGUUCAACUCCAGAGUCAAGGAAAGACGAUAGCUAUGCUAUACCUGGCACGGGAGAUCCAGAUGGCCUCAUACCGGCGAAAUGGUUCCACGGAGCGGACAAGAGUGCAAUCAAUGGUUUCCUGGCACAAGAUCUAGACGUGCUAGUCGUCAGCUUGCCGCUGACAGCAUCAACGAUGUACCUACUUGACAAGGAGCAAUUUGACGUUCUGAGCAAGAAAAAGACCUACCUCAUCAAUAUCGCCCGCGGCAAACACAUCAGACAGGAGGCGCUGAUCGAGGCACUAGAGCAAGGCAAGAUCAAGGGCGCCGCACUAGAUGUGGCAGACCCAGAACCGCUGCCAUCAGACCAUCCUCUGUGGAAAGCACCGAACCUUUUCAUGACGCCUCAUGUUAGCUGGCAGACUCCAUAUUAUUGGGAUCGCGUAUUACAGAUUCUAGAGCUGAACUUGGACAAGCUGAACGCGGGCGAGCCCUUGAUCAAUGUCAUGAACAAGAAAGAGCAUUAUUAA